AUGCAGCUGGAACUGGUAGUGCUGACGGUGGUCUUCCUCAGCUCUAUGGGUUUCAGCGACAGCCUGAAGAUCCUCAGAGGAAGAAAACAGAGACACACAGCAAGCACUGAAUUUCCACCAUCAUGUUCCAGUGGUUGUGAAAGCUGCUCAGAAUACAACGGUUGCACAAAAUGUCGACCGCGGCUUUUCAUCCUCUUGGAGAGAAAUGACAUCCGUCAGACAGGCAUAUGCCUAGCCACUUGUCCUGUAGGAUAUUAUGGCAUUCGAAAUCGGGAUGUAAACAGGUGCACACAAUGCAAAAUAGAAAACUGUGCAGACUGCUUUAGCCGAACCUUUUGUGCAAAAUGUAAAGAGGGCUUAUUUUCAUACAGUGGAAGGUGUUACUACAGCUGCCCUGAAGGCUUAAUCACCAUCAACAGUACCAUGGAGUGUGCAGUGAGAUGUGAGCUAAGUGAAUGGAGUCCAUGGGGCCCUUGCAUGAAGAAAAACAAAACUUGUGGUUUUAAAAAGGGCAGCCAGAGCCGGAAAAGGGAGCCUACACAGCCCCCAAGUCCAGCCACUGUCAGUGGGUCUGCAUCUUCCUCUACCUGCACUCUUCAGACUGACACACGGAGAUGCAGUGUACCAAAGAGGAUCCCCUGUGGAAAAGGAGACAGGGGAACGAUGUCAAAGAACCACGGAACGUCAAAUGGCAAAAGCCGUGGACGGGACUCAAAGGAAAGUGGCAAAGGGGGAGGCAAGAGGAAAAAAGCUCAAAACCCACCUACUACUGCACCAUCUAUGACAACAAGCACUGUUACUUGA